CCUAGACAAACUGCUCGAUGCUGGUCUCUAUACUGGAGAAGUGACUGAGAUCGUAGGAGUCCCAGGUAGCGGCAAAACCCAGGUAUGUCUUUGUGUGGCUGCAAAUGUGGCCCAUGGCCUGCAGCAGAACGUCCUAUACGUUGAUUCCAAUGGAGGGCUGACAGCCUCCCGCAUCCUCCAGCUACUUCAGGCCAGAACCCCAGAUGAGGAAGAGCAGGCAGGAGCCCUCCAGAGGAUCCAGGUGGUGCGUGCCUUUGACAUCUUCCAGAUGCUGGAUGUGCUGCAGGGCCUCCGAGGUGCUGUGGCCCAGCAGUAAGCCCCUUGAGUGCCAGGAU